CUUAGCUGGUUUCCAUUCGUAGAAGGCUGAAAGUGACGUCACGGAUUAUGGCUGGUACCGCCCCUUAUCGCUGUGUGUGUCUGUCAGUGUUAGUGGCGGGCAGUGAGUAUCACACAGGUAUACAAGAAUGACCAUGAUGGAGACUUCUGCAGCAGGUAGUGAGCUGCUACUACCCCACCGUGAAAAUGAAGGCAGUAUACGGAAGGGCUGUGACCCUCUUGCUCAGUCCCAACGCAGCAAACUACAACAUCGCCGUGUACGAAUCAACCAGCAGAUCAACAAAGAGAUGCGAAUGAGAGCCGGAGCAGAGAAUCUCUUUCGAGCCACCACAAACCACAAAGUCAAGGAAACUGUGGCGCUUGAACUGAGCUACGUCAACUCAAAUCUGCAGCUUUUGAAGGAGGAACUGGAGGAACUCAACAGCUCUGUUGAAGUCUACCAAAAUGAAAGUGAAGUCAUCAGCGUCCCCAUGAUACCGUUGGGUUUAAAAGAAACAAAAGACCUGGAUUUCUCGGAGGCACUAAAAGAAUUUAUCAGCAGUCACUAUGGCGAAGAUGGUGCUGACUACGAAAAAGAGACCAAAGAUUUCAUGGAACUCCGGCAAGCGAUGAGGACACCGAGUCGCAGUGAAGCUGGUUUGGAGCUCCUGAUGGAAUAUUACAAUCAGCUGUAUUAUCUAGAUAAUCGAUUCUUCCCCCCCAACAAAACUCUUGGCGUCUUCUUCCACUGGUACGAUUCCCUUACUGGGGUCCCCUCCUGUCAGCGGGCUUUGGCAUUUGAGAAAGGGAGCGUGCUGUUCAAUAUGGGCGCAUUAUACACUCAGAUUGGGGCAAGACAAGAUCGCCUGUCUGUACAAGGAGUAAAUACAGCCAUUGAGGCAUUUCAAAAGGCAGCAGGUUGCUUUAACUACCUUAAAGAAAACUUUUCCAAUGCCCCCAGUUUGGACAUGAGCACACCGUCCCUGAAUAUGCUGGUCCGUCUGAUGGUGGCACAGGUUCAGGAGUGUGUUUUUGAAAAGUUUGCCUUGGAGAACCCUCAAAAUGAUUUUGUCACACAGUUGCGUAUGGCACAAGAAUCUGCAGGGGUUGAAGAUGUCUAUACAUUGGUGUAUAAGUCAAUGACCCUCCCACCUGUUAAAGACUAUGUCCCAUUUUCCUGGACCACCAUGGUACGAGUCAAAGCAGAACAUUUCAAAGCAUUGUCCCAUUAUUAUGCUGCCAACGCCCUCUGUGACUAUAGCACUGUGUCUGAAGCUGAAAUGAUUGAACAUGAAAAGUCCUUUCUUCAGUUCCACGUGACUGCGCCUGAAGGUUCUACUGUAUGCUUCUUACUGCAAGACCAAGAAGAGCGACGGAAACUUGGCAAAGCCCAUUUAAAAAAAGCCAUCAUGAAGCACGAGGAGGCAAUGAGGAUUCACGGUCUGUGCAAGAUUCUGAGAAAGAUGGACAUUCUUCAGGAAGUGCUUCACUUAGCUCACAAGAGGUCUCUCAGCAAAUACUCUGAUAUUGAUCACGAAGAAGAUUUUUUUGAGACUGGAGAAGCCCCAGACAUACAGCCAAAAACACAUCAAAGACCAGAAAUAGAAAGACCAUUUUUUUCCAAAGUGAAAGUGAAGGAUUUAUUCUAUCGGCUGGGCCCCAUAUCUGUGUUUUCUGCUAAACAUAAAUGGCACCCGGCACAGAAGCUUCAGCUUGUGAGGGGAGAUGGGGGCUUUGGAUUCACUCUGAGAGGGGAUUCUCCUGUUCUCGUUGCAGGAGUUGUUCCUGGUGGUUGUGCAGCUCUCGCUGGUAUCAAGGAAGGGUGUUACAUUGUGUCUGUAAGUGGUAACGACUGCAGAUGGUCCAAACAUGCUGAGGUGGUCCAGUUGUUGAAGGAUGUUGACAGUAACGGAGUGGAUAUUGAAGUUGUCACAUUCCAGAAUCCAGACAUACAAAAUAUGGUGGUGGACAAGAAAUCAUCUAUGCUUUCAUCGAGCGAUCUACUUAAAGGUAAUAAGGAGAACAGUAAAAAAAAUAUAAUCAGCAGCAAAAGUGCAAGCUCACUAUUAAUGUGGCACAGAAAAGGCAACCCCAGCAAGAGGAGCAAAAACAGCAGCUGCAACUUCAACCUUCCCUUCAGUGCUGUGCAGAACAGUGAGUCCAUGUACUAACUCUAGGCCACAAGCAGUGACCAGCAGUGGAGAUGCACAGAGGCCAACAAAUGCAAUCUGCUCUUCAGAGUAGUGGCAGGCAGGUGAUGCUGAGCACAGGUAGCUGGUAGCCUGCGUAGCACUUAAUGAGUAGGAGUAUUGAGCUUUAGAUAAUGUUAGAGGUGCUGCAGAAUAAAGUGUCCAACAGGAGAUGGUAUCUCUGAGCUGAAGAUGAAGGACCAAACCUCAGAAGCUCUGAGCAGGUGCAAAGUAUCAAGACCUUGUUUGGUUGCAAUGGAGCUUGAAUCUUUGAAGCUGUAACAUUUUUCGUUGUUGUUUAUAUGUCCUGGAAAAAAAUGUGACUAUUUAUGAACCAAUUUAUUGUUGUCUCUGUGUUUGCAAUGCACAAGUGUUACUCUGCAAACCAGAGCUUCUGUGUACUGUGAUUUUUGUGAUAAGAAAGUGAUAUUUGUGUCUUUAGUGGCCUCUCUCUUCUGUGGGCUGUGUUGGACUUAAAAUGAUGAAGCGUUUAUUCUUCUGUCUUCUGUCUUCAUUGUUAUGUGUUUUUCUUUCAUACAGCAGCAAAUGUAUAAAACAAAUAAAAACAGAAUAGCAACAAA